GGGCACGGGGCACCGCGAUCCUGUCAGUGUGGGAGCGGCGCUGAGGGGAGCGGCGCGCUACGCUCGUUCUGCCUGGCGCGGGCUGUCUUUUCCUUUCCUCCCUCCCCGUUUCUGCCCUCCCUCGCCUUUGUCGCUCCCUUCCUGGCGGCGGGGGGGGGUCUCCCAGUCUUGGUGGGGGCGGCGAAGCGUGAUGGGGAUGGCCGCACUCUUCUCUCCGCUCCGCCCCGCGCUGCGCUGCCUCCCUGGCCCCGCCGCCUUCCCCAGCUGCUGACAGCGUCGGCGGCCCCGCACCGCCCGCGUCCUGCGGAUACCCCCGCGCGUCCCCAGAAAACACCAACAAGAAGGAUUAACCUGAAACACUCUUGAUCCCUUCGCUUUCAAUUUCUUGACUGUAAUACAAGCAACCAGAAUGUCGGGGGCUUCAGUGAAGGUGGCUGUUCGGGUCCGGCCCUUCAAUUCUCGAGAAACCAGCAAAGAAUCCAAAUGUAUCAUCCAGAUGCAAGGCAACUCAACCAGUAUUAUCAACCCAAAGAAUCCUAAGGAAGCACCAAAGUCCUUCAGCUUUGACUACUCUUACUGGUCCCACACAUCGCCUGAAGAUCCCUGCUUUGCAUCUCAGAGCCGCGUGUACAAUGAUAUUGGGAAGGAGAUGUUACUGCAUGCCUUUGAGGGCUACAAUGUAUGCAUUUUUGCCUAUGGACAAACUGGAGCUGGGAAAUCCUACACAAUGAUGGGCAAGCAGGAGGAGAGCCAAGCAGGCAUAAUCCCCCAGCUAUGCGAAGAACUGUUUGAGAAAAUCAAUGACAACAGCAAUGAAGAAAUGUCAUAUUCCGUAGAGGUGAGUUACAUGGAGAUUUACUGUGAGAGAGUCAGAGACUUGUUGAACCCGAAGAACAAAGGGAAUUUGCGGGUGCGAGAACAUCCUCUGCUUGGACCAUAUGUGGAAGAUUUGUCCAAGUUAGCAGUCACAUCUUAUACAGACAUUGCAGACCUCAUGGAUGCCGGGAACAAAGCCAGGACUGUGGCAGCUACCAACAUGAAUGAAACCAGCAGCCGCUCUCAUGCUGUGUUUACAAUUGUCUUUACUCAGAAGAAACAUGACACAGAAACUGAUCUUUCUACAGAGAAGGUCAGCAAGAUUAGUCUUGUGGAUUUAGCUGGCAGUGAGCGAGCCGAUUCAACUGGUGCCAAAGGAACCCGAUUAAAGGAAGGAGCAAAUAUAAACAAGUCUCUUACAACUCUGGGCAAAGUUAUAUCAGCAUUGGCCGAAGUGGAUAACUGCACUAACAAGAGUAAAAAAAAGAAGAAGACAGACUUUAUACCAUACAGGGAUUCUGUACUAACAUGGCUUCUUCGAGAAAAUCUAGGCGGUAACUCCAGAACUGCAAUGGUUGCUGCUUUGAGUCCAGCAGACAUAAACUAUGAUGAAACUUUGAGCACUUUAAGAUAUGCUGAUCGUGCAAAACAGAUUAAAUGCAAUGCUGUUAUCAAUGAAGAUCCCAAUGCCAAGCUCGUGCGUGAACUGAAGGAGGAGGUGACAAGGCUUAAGGAUCUCCUGCGUGCUCAAGGGCUGGGAGAUAUUAUUGACAUUGAUCCAAUGGGAGAUGAAUACUCUGGAAGUGGAGGCAAAUAUUUGAAAGAUUUUCAGAACAAUAAACAUAGAUACUUGCUAGCCUCCGAGAAUCAACGUCCUGGCAAUUUUUCCACAGCCUCCAUGGGGUCCCUCACUGCAUCUCCAUCCUCCUGCUCUCUCAGUAGUCAGGUGGGCUUAACAUCUGUGUCCAGUAUACAGGAAAGAAUCAUGUCAACACCUGGAGGAGAAGAGGCAAUUGAGCGUUUGAAGGAAUCUGAGAAGAUCAUUGCAGAGCUGAAUGAAACAUGGGAGGAGAAGCUGAGGAAAACUGAGGCCAUUAGGAUGGAAAGGGAGGCAUUGUUGGCAGAAAUGGGAGUUGCCAUUCGGGAAGAUGGAGGAACACUGGGAGUCUUCUCACCUAAAAAGACUCCUCAUCUUGUAAACCUUAAUGAAGAUCCUCUCAUGUCUGAAUGUCUGCUUUACUACAUCAAAGAUGGUAUUACUAGGGUUGGCCAGGCUGACGCUGAGCGAAGGCAAGACAUUGUACUGAGUGGGGCUCAUAUCAAAGAAGAACACUGUAUCUUUCGAAGUGAGAGGAACAACAAUGGUGAAGUUAUUGUUACUUUGGAGCCUUGUGAACGAUCAGAGACUUAUGUUAAUGGCAAGAGGGUUGUGCAGCCUGUGCAGUUGCGCUCAGGAAAUCGUAUCAUCAUGGGUAAAAAUCACGUCUUCAGAUUCAACCAUCCAGAGCAAGCACGAGCAGAAAGAGAGAAAACACCAUCAGCUGAGACUCCCUCUGAGCCAGUUGACUGGACAUUUGCUCAGAGGGAGCUUCUGGAGAAGCAGGGCAUUGACAUGAAGCAGGAGAUGGAGAAAAGAUUACAAGAAAUGGAGAUUUUAUAUAAGAAAGAGAAGGAGGAAGCUGAUCUCUUGUUGGAGCAGCAAAGGCUGGACUAUGAGAGUAAACUGCAGGCCUUACAGAAGCAGGUAGAGACACGAUCCUUGGCAGCUGAAACAACAGAGGAGGAGGAGGAGGAAGAAGUGCCCUGGACAAGACACGAGUGUGAACUCGCACAGUGGGCUUUCAGAAAGUGGAAAUUUCACCAAUUUACUUCACUGAGGGACCAGCUCUGGGGAAAUGCUGUGUAUCUGAAAGAAGCCAAUGCAAUCAGCGUAGAGUUAAAGAAGAAGGUGCAGUUCCAAUUUGUCCUGCUGACAGACACGCUUUACUCACCACUGCCACCAGAGCUUUUGCCCACCGAGUUGGAGAAGACCCGGGACAAUAGGCCUUUCCCUCGUACAGUGGUAGCUGUGGAAGUUCAGGAUCUGAAGAAUGGAGCAACACAUUACUGGUCCUUAGAAAAACUCAAGCAGAGGUUGGACCUGAUGCGUGAAAUGUAUGACAGAGCUGGGGAAGUAGCUUCUAAUACACAGGAUGAGAGUGAAAACACAAUGACAGGCAGUGACCCCUUUUAUGAUCGCUUUCAUUGGUUCAAGCUUGUUGGAAGCUCCCCCAUAUUCCAUGGCUGCGUGAAUGAGCGUCUUGCUGAUCGCACGCCCUCCCCCACUUUCUCCACGGCUGACUCCGACAUCACUGAACUGGCUGAUGAACAGCAGGAUGAGAUGGAGGACUUUGAUGAUGAGGCCUUUGUGGAUGAUACUGGCUCCGACGUUGGAACUGAGGAGGGAUCAGACCUCUUCAAUGAUGGGCGCGACCCGUUUUACGACCGAUCCCCUUGGUUCAUUUUAGUGGGAAGGGCGUUUGUAUACCUGAGCAAUCUACUGUACCCGGUGCCUCUUAUUCACAGAGUGGCUGUUGUUAGUGAGAAGGGAGAAGUACGAGGAUUUCUGCGAGUAGCAGUGCAAGCUAUAGCAGCUGAUGAAGAAGCCCCAGAUUAUGGAUCUGGUAUUCGACAGUCUGGCACAGCUAAAAUUUCAUUUGACAAUGAAUAUUUUGAUAAGAGUGAUUUUUCUUCAGUUACGAUGACUCGGUCUGGACUGUCUUUGGAAGAAUUAAGAAUUGUGGAAGGGCAAGGACAGAAUUCAGAGGUUACCACUCCUCCGGAGGAGAUCAACAGAAUGAAUGAGCUAGACUUGAAGUCAGCCACUUUGGAUGGAAAGAUGACUAUGGAAGGAUUCACCGAGGAAAUUGGUGAUCACUUGAAACUGGGUAGUGUGUUUACCUUUCGUGUGACAGUGCUGCAGGCCAGUGGCAUCCUUCCUGAAUACGCAGAUAUUUUCUGCCAGUUCAACUUUUUACAUCGACAUGAUGAAGCUUUCUCAACAGAACCUCUCAAAAACAAUGGUCGAGGGACUCCCCUUGGGUUUUACCAUGUUCAGAAUAUUGCUGUUGAAGUGACAGAAUCGUUUGUGGAGUACAUCAAAACAAAGCCUAUUGUGUUUGAAGUCUUUGGGCAUUAUCAGCAACAUCCUCUCCAUCUGCAGGGACAGGAUCUCAACAGUCCUCCACAGCCUUCCCGAAGAUUCUUUCCUCCCCCUAUGCCACUCUCAAAGCCAGACCAUGAAAGAAAAAUUGAAUUGAUUAGGUAUCUUAUGUCUGGCUAUGUAAACGUGCAUGUGCUGAACACGCUAUCCGAGCAUGCCAACGUGCUUGCAUCCUCUGCUGUGGCUGCUUUCCAGGAUGGAGCUGACCAGCUGCCACCUUUUCUCUUUCUGCCUAUUCCCAGUUGUCAGAGUGAGCGGGCUCCUAAACGAGAUGUGCCAGCUACAAAACUAAAUACUAUGAGCAAACCCAGCUUGGGCCAGAGUGUGAGCAAAUACGACCUCCUUGUGUGGUUUGAAAUCAGCGAAUUGGAGCCGACAGGGGAGUAUAUUCCUGCUAUUGUGGACCACACUGGAGGCUUGCCCUGCCAGGGGACGUUCCUCCUUCACCAGGGAAUCCAGCGUAGAAUCACAGUCACCAUUAUCCAUGAGAAGGGCAGUGAGUUGCACUGGAAAGAUGUGCGAGAGCUGGUUGUCGGGCGUAUAAGAAAUAAACCAGAGGUAGAUGAAGCUGCUGUGGAUGCUAUUUUGUCUUUGAAUAUUAUUUCUGCAAAAUACCUGAAGUCCUCUCACAGCUCCAAUAGGCUCUUUCUUGAUAAGGAUAUGCCUAGGACUUUCUAUCGGUUUGAAGCAGUUUGGGAUAGCUCCUUGCAUAACUCCCUUCUCCUCAAUCGAGUGACACCGUAUGGAGAGAAGAUAUAUAUGACCCUUUCUGCUUACCUGGAGCUUGACCACUGCAUCCAGCCUGCUGUUAUAACAAAGGAUGUUUGUAUGGUCUUUUACUCAAGAGAUGCCAAGAUCUCCCCACCGCGAUCACUACGCAAUCUCUUUGGCAGUGGCUACUCCAAAUCUCCAGAUUCCAAUCGAGUGACCGGGAUCUAUGAACUAAGUUUAUGCAAAAUGGCAGACACAGGAAGUCCAGGAAUGCAGAGGAGGAGGAGGAAAGUCCUGGAUACAUCUGUGGCAUAUGUGCGAGGAGAAGAGAACCUGGCAGGUUGGAGGCCCAGGGGUGACAGCCUCAUUCUCGAGCAUCAGUGGGAAUUGGAGAAACUGGAGCUGCUGCAUGAGGUGGAAAAAACCCGACAUUUCCUUCUGCUUCGUGAAAAGCUUGGUGACAGCAUCCCCAAGUCCCUGAGUGACUCACUGUCUCCCAGUUUGAGCAGUGGAACCCUCAGUACCUCCACCAGCAUUUCCUCCCAGAUCUCGACUACAACGUUCGAGAGUGCUGUGACACCCAGUGAGAGCAGUGGCUAUGACUCGGCAGAUAUAGAGAGCCUGGUGGAUCGGGAGAAAGAGCUGGCCACCAAGUGUCUGCAGCUUCUUACUCAUACUUUCAAUCGGGAAUUUAACCAGGUGUACAACAGCAUCAGUGAUUGUAAGCUGUCAGAUAUUUCCCCCAUUGGGCGCGACCCGUCUGUGUCGAGUUUCAGCAGUGCUACCCUCACGCCCUCAUCUACCUGCCCUUCUCUUGUGGAUUCAAGAUGCAAUUCAGUUGAUCAGAAGACACCAGAAGCAAAUUCUCGUGCCUCCAGUCCCUGUCAUGAGGUGGAACAGUUCCAGCUAAUUCCUGCGGUAGAAACUUCCUGUCUUGCCAGAGCUGGAAAGAAUGAAUUUCUAAACCUUGUUCCUGAUAUUGAGGAAAUCAGACCAGGCUCUGUGGUCUCAAAGAAAGGAUAUCUCCAUUUCAAGGAGCCACUUUCCAGCUCCUGGGCCAAGCACUUUGUGGUGGUUCGCCGUCCCUAUGUUUUUAUUUACAACAGUGACAAAGAUCCUGUAGAAAGAGGACUCAUAAACUUAUCCACAGCUCAGGUGGAAUACAGCGAGGAUCAACAGGCAAUGGUAAAGACACCCAACACGUUUGGUGUAUGCACGAAGCAUCGUGGGGUCCUGCUGCAGGCCAUCAACGACAAAGACAUGAAUGACUGGUUAUAUGCCUUCAAUCCACUUCUUGCUGGCACGAUACGGUCAAAACUGGCUCGAAGACGCACGGGCCAGCUGAAGUACUGAGUCCAUGUAAUGUUCUCAUCUGUUCUCCUCACUCACCUUCUGAUAGACUAAGUGUUACCUCUCAUUUUCUCUUUGUGAUUCUUGACAGUUUCUCUUGUAUGUAAUCCUGUGGCUUAACAUCCCCUACCUUCCCAACUCCUUCAGCACAUUUUCUAGGCAUUCUAACCCUACCUUGUUUCUUUUCACUUGUACUGAGAAUCGUACUAGUAGCAUGUGGCCAGACAAAAAGAAAGAAAAAAAAAUAUCAAAAAACCCCCGAGUGAUUAUGCACGACUAAAAAGAAGAAAAAAAAGUGUGGUUUUUUUUUUUCUUAUAACAAUUGUUUUCCCAUUUCAACUGACCUUUUGGUGUCUGUCCCACUGUCCAUUGUUGUCUGUCUAGACUGCUGCAGGUUUUUCAUUCGAUUUGUGACUUGGCAGUAGUCGUUGGUUCCCUCAGGGCAAAGUUCUAAUGCCAGGGAAAGAUAACUUCUCCUAUGUAGACAUUACCCAGACAGGAACUGCAAUAGCUCCUCAGGCUUUCUGGAUCCAGCCUCUAAUUUAAACUCUGUGGAAAGCUGAUAUUGGACAAAUCUAUCUGGGCAGACUGAGUUUUGGACUUGGUGCAAGUUUUUGAGUUUGCAGGGUCCAACAGGCUAAGGCAUGAGCUGGAAAAAGGUAGGGACCAAACUGAGAACGGCUGGCUGGAAUAAUCUGUCUUAAAACUCUUGCUGUGGGGUUGCGGGUGCACAGUGCUUGGCUUUAACUCUUUCCCGAAGCACUGACACUCCCUGCUCCACCUCUGAACUGAGCUGGGGAGACGGAACUCGUGCUGAUGUGAGGAAACAUAAACCACAUCGCUGAAAUGUUAGGUACAGUCCCUGAAGUUCUAGAUGCUCAGCCUUGUGUUUGGCAGAUGGAGAGUGUCAUUACAGGGAAACAGAAGUGUGGCCGUUCCCCAGAGCUCCUUCGGGAGAUCAGCGCAGGAGGGCAGCGUCUCCUCAUUCCGCUUUUAGUCCUGACCCCCAGCUCCUAUGGGCGCAGUUCUCGCCUCUAGUGGAAGAGACUGACAGCUGUCAUCGGUACGUCAGGAUAGGCUGCUCUACCUUCGUGUGUCCACCCCCGCUCUGCAGCACGCCGGUGACACCCCAUCUGUUGGUGGGGAAAGCAUCCUCUGUCUGCAGAACACUCCCCAGGCCUUGCACUUGCAGUGUUCUCCAGGGAACAGCAGGACGUUUUCACUUCUUCUGGAAUAACUUUUGAAUGUUUCCUGAUUUCUCUGCUACAAUUUUCAUCAGCUAAAACCCCCCAGUUAGUUUUAAGUUCAGAAUUAAUCCUUCCUGGAGGAUGUAUCAAGUGGACUCUGGUCCUGGUUGGUGGGGUGGAAUAGUUGGCGGCUUGGAGAUGAGCUGGGUGGUGUUGGUUCUUGACCUCCGGUGUAGUUCUCCUUGUGGCUGAAGUUUUGGUCCUUGCCCUGCGAAGGGAAAGCAGGAUGAAUUUUUGUUCUGAGCAGUGAGCUCCUCUCCCUUGGUUAGGUUCAGGGAGGCUGGGGAGGGGGUGGUGGUUCUUUUUCCUUUGGCUGUGCUUCGGGCUGCUGUGCUACGGUUUGUUGCCUUGCCUUGGGCACCGAGAGGGCUGGCUGUGGGCCUGGGGAGCACGCGGGGGUGUUAGCCUGCGUUCCGCCUCAAGGGAGAGGUACAAGGGCUUCGCUCCGCUGUGACGGUCCCACAUCUGGGCACACUCCAGCUCAAGAGAGUCAGUUUGAUUUGGCUCCAUCAGCAGGUCACGUCACACAUUGGAAAUUCUGUGGCCAAAAGUGCGCGUGGGACUGGCAUCAGCUGAGCAGUUUUUUAGCUUUAUGGGGUUUUUGUUCUCCAAAGUGCAAUGCAUAAUGAGGCCUCCUAAAAGCACAGUUGGUGAAGGAGCAGGGAGAUGGAGUCUGACACUUGCUAGGACAUACCUUUAUAUAUUUUGCAAUAGUACUGAAGCUAAAGCACGUGCUCAUGCGAUCUCCUGUGGUCCUCUGGUUUAUUUCAGAACUGGAAUCCAAAGUGAGGGAGCAUCCUGGGGACCCGGGAGCGUAAUGGCAAUGUUCUUUUGGUGGUUUUUUUUUUUUUCUUCUUUCUGGUUUUGUCGUGUUUAAUUGUGUGUGACUUAAUACAGUGGUAAUGUUCCUUUUGUUAUGCAAUGGAUGAUAAUGCACUUCCAGUGUGUGGAUAAGUAAGACUGCUAGUGCUGCAGGAGGGCUCCUCAAGCUGGAGUUAAGCUGAUCUCAAGAAUUACCUAUUUCAAGCACUAAGUUGUUGCUGCCAUCACCACUGUUUGUAAUGAAAGUGGAACCAGUUUGAGGAGACGUAGCAAUUUAGGUGGAGGCAUUUUGUAACACACUGAGAGCAUUUUAAUUUUUAUCUUUUUCUUUUUUUAACUAGAAGAAAACUAGUUUGCUAAGUCUUUGCUUUGGAUAAGCCAGAAAAUUGACUAAGGGGAUAUAGGCAUUGCAUAAAAACAUGAUUAAGGGAUCUUCCUUUAAAAGUAGGAAGAGACAGAUGCUUAUUUUAUUCAGAGCUGGAAGUGUUACAGCCGUGUUGCGUAAAUGUUGCUCUUCUAUCUAAAGACUCCGAGCAGCUUCUGAUGAUUUGGUGUCUAGGUGGAUAACAGAUCGUCAGAAGAGCAAAAUCCUGUUUUCAAGCAUCGGUAUCUCUUAAAGCUGCAUAAUCUUUGACAAAACAGGUUGCUGUUGUGUGGAGUUCAAAUGGGCAUGUUACUGUUUGCAGGUCUGGCACAAGGGCACACAGUUACAGUUUUUCACCAAUUACUGAAGCCUACUUUGAGACAUCGGUUUCCCUGCUUAAAACUGGACUGAAAUAAAUUCAAGGUUUCUUUAAAAGGAUAACCAAGUGGAUUUCCAUUCACUGUAAAGCUUUUUUUUGAUCUAGCCCAACAUGUUAGAAAUCUCUUUUUAGCAACAGAAAGCAAGCAGGGGAAAAUGUGAUAAGCUGCCUCCUCUUGACAUUGAAAAACCCGCUCCUGGUUACUCGCUGCGUGUGUGUGCAGUCCUGGAGUCAGACAGCUCUGGGGACGCGGCCGCUGGAGACGAGGCACGGUGCUGUGGGCCUGCCAGCCCGCCGAGCACAAGCACUGGUAGUAAAUUUGACAGGCAUUCCUUGGAGAGAGUCAGUGCGAAGCUGUGCCAUAGCUUGGGUUUUUAUGUUCCUCGCUGAAAGGAAGGAGCAAAUGAUCUUUUUUGUCCGUUGAAAAUUAUGUUGUUGGUCUUGGAGGUUCCUGGAUAUUUUAAAACUAAACUAAACUUCCUAUACUGUAUUUUAGAAAUGCACUUUAAGUACCUUUUUAAAGAAGAUUCCUGUAUUCUGGGAUGCAGAAGGGAAGGGAAUGUUAUUUCCAGACUGAGAAAGGGUGGGGUUUGGUUUUUUUUUUUUUGGUCGGUCCUUAUUAUAUUAUAGUCCUUAUUACUGAUUAGCAAAAAGGUAUUUCAAAGCAAAGACUUUACUUUUUGCUGCUUGUUAUCUAAUUUACAGGGAUUUAUUUUUAUGUAAUGUAUUGUAUAUUUAUACAUCUGUAAUUAAUUGCACAUUAGAUAAGAGGAUUAGCUUUGGUAUAACACCCAUUGGUACUAUACAGUCAACUAAUACUGCCUAUGCAUACGCAUCUUCCUGGUACUCUCGCGCAGCCUUAGUUUGUGUUAGUUUAUACCGUGGUGGGUGUUUUUGUUGGAGAUGCAGCUGUUACCCUGCUGCUGGAGGAAGGAUAACGGUGCUGCUCUGGAACAGUUGGCGGAAUGUACGUUAAGUGGGUCUCUGACAUGUAUGCAUUGCAUCUCUCCAUUGUAGUUGUUAACCCCAAUGUGUGGUCUGAACUGUACUGUAUGUAGCAGGAAUGUAUUAAUUUUGUGCUUCCUUGUUUAAAAACAUCAGCUGUUCAAGAACAGGAUUGACUUUUUUGUUCAGAAGGCCAUUUAUGCGUUCUAAGUAUUUGAAAUCAAAACUAGUCCAACACUAACCAGAUGGAUGUGUCCAAUGUUAUUUGGAACAGUUUUUAAAUUGCCGGGCUCAGCUGUGUAUUCAGAAAACCGAGGGUACGGAGCUCCCAGGUCUUCGGUUCUUCAUGUUGCCAUGUUAAUGGCCUGAUCCUGAGCAGCACCCAGUACCUCUGGCUCGCCUUGAAACCAGGGACUAGAGGCAGAGGGAGUCUCAAAAGAUCAGCGCUUCCCAGGAUCAGUUCUUAAUUUUCCACUCCGCUUGUUCUUACUUCACGUGUAGUUGAUUAAGGUUCUUGAAUUGGGACGUUAGACAUGCUGUUGCACUGAAAUACAUACUUUUUUAAUUGCGGUCCCCAUCUCCCUGUUCAAUCUGUCUGUACACUAAGUAUACAAGGUAUAUGCUGUAUAAGUGGCCUUCUUGAACAAAUCUCUUUGCAAACUGACUUCAUCCCAGCAAAGGAGUGUAUCAGCAACACUGUACAUUAAUUUCAGGUUUUCGUUUUCUUAUUUUAUUUUGUAAAUAUAUCCGAUAUUUGGAGCUUGAGUAUACAAAAUGUAAAUAUAGUUCAUGUAUUUGUACUAAUUCUGAUCCAUUUGCUGUAUAGCCUUAGGUGUGCAAUGCAGGUAUCUAACUGUGUAUGGUAACCUUGCACCACUGAAUUGUUAGUGAACGAGGUGAAACAAUAAAGGUACAACCCAACCAGUGCAUUAGCAGAUACAA